CUUCAAAUUAAAAAUGUUAUUGUGGUCUUCUUCCAUGUUGUUUUGGUUAUAAUUAAUAAGUAACAUGAAAUUCCUUGUUUUAAGUUGUUGCUAAUUAUUUAAACUAUGAAAAAUGUUAAUUAUAAUCUUUGAGUGAAUAAUAACAUGUGUGAAAAUGGUUUCUGUUUGCGAUUCGGAAUUCGAUGAUGAAAUUCAAGCUAUCAAAAUCACCGAUCCUCUAUCUUUGAACAAUGAAUUCGAAAAUGAGGACAUUGAAUUCAAACAGGAGGAACUGGACAUUCCAACACAUGUGUGGUCUGAAGAAGAGUACGAUGAAGAAGAAGAGGAAGAGGAUAACAUAGAAGAGGAAGAGGAAAACGUAGAAGAGGAAGAAGCGGUAGAAGAGAAGGAGGAGGAGGAGGAUAGAGGAGAAGAAAGAGAACAAAAUGUUGAUAAAACAAAAGAGCCUUCAAACGAAAAUAAUGAUGUGAUUGACAUAUCCGAUGAUGAUAAUGAUGAGGCAGAUACACGCAAUAAAGGAUUUACUCUUAAUGAUCUAUUGGCAGAGUCUGUUGAGAAAAAACCAAAGAACUUGAAACAGUCGAUUCAAAAAGACAUCACAGAACUAGACAAGAGGUUAGACAUUGUCGAUAGAACUCGAAGCGAUGAUAAAAAUGUAAAUGGUGAAUUCAACCACUUCAAACUGGUGCCAUCCGAGUCAGCUGAAUUAGCGUCAAAAACAACUGGAAAAAAUAAUAGAAAAAAGAGCACUAAAAUGGUCGUCUGUUUGAGUGAGCCGCACGAAAAUAGUCCGAAGAAGAGGAAGAGGAAGAAGCAGCACCAACCAUCACAAGCUUUACCGGAUUUGAAAUUCCCCUGCAACAAGUGUAGAAAAAGUUUUGCCUCCAAAAACGGACUGAGCAUCCAUCUGAGUUGGCAUGGAGAAGAAUUUUCCAUCCGGUACAAGUGCAUGGAGUGUGGCCGGAGCUAUGAGUCUGCAAAGGAGCUAACUGAUCAUAAGCACCAGGUUCAUGUGGACCAUAUGCCCAUCUACGACUGUCUGAUCUGUUUCCAUGAGCUCUGGUCAGAGGAGUUGUUCUUUCAACAUUUGCACUCAACACAUUCGGAUGUGUCCUACAAAGUAAUGGAGCAACAGUUGACCAGCGACAGUUUUAGGUAUAUGGCAGUGUUGAGUGAUAGGGUUGGGGUAGAAAAUGGCGGGAAUCAUGAGCCAUCAACAGAGACUCACUUGGUGUGGAAAAGCGGCUCAAGAAGACGGAGACGUAGACGCAAUAAACAAAUGCAGAAUACUGGAGACUCUCUGGGGAUUCCUGGACAGAUUGGUCCUGGAGGAAGUGGUUAUGGAGGAUAUGAUGGUGUUGUGAAGGAGGCCACAGAACCCUCAAUCGGGGGAGUAAAGGUUCUUGGAAAAGAACUUCUGCAGGUAAAUGGCGACCCUUUGAUAGGAAAUCCCAUGGGGUUGGCACUUCUGAGAAAUAGUGUGAUGCAGCAAACUAAGGAGCCUCUAAUUAGGGACCCUGGAGGAACAAGUAUUCUUAGAAGAGAACUUUUGUGGGAAGCUGGAGACUCUUUGAUAGGAAAUCCCAGGGGAAUAGCACUCUCUGAGAAUGGUCUGGUGCAGAAACCUGGAGAUGCUUUGAAUCCUGUAGUUGAUUGUCAGCAAAGAACUUCAAUGGAGAAUCCAGGGUGGAUAAAAGUUCUUGGAAAAGAACUUUUGCAGACAACUCAAGACCCUGCAAUAGCAAACCCUGGAGGUAUGGUAGAAAGGCAGAAAAGAAUGGACCCUUGCACAAGAAGAAUAGGAAUAUUAGGGAAAGGUGGUGCUUUUAUAACAAAACGUCCAAACAUAGCAAGUGAAACUCUAGUGCCUGAAAGCAGGGAUGAGGAAAACCGAAUGUGCAUUGUUGAUGUUCCAUAUUUGGAGGGUAGAUACUUGGAAAAUGUAAACAUUGGCCCAAAUAUGCAGGGGAUAUAUAUGGAAAAUGCCAACAAUGUUUCAAAUAUGCAGGGAAGAUGCAUGGAAGGUGUCAUAAAUGUCCCAAAUAUGCAGGUAAGAUACAUGGAAGGUACCAACACAUUAGUUGCAAUGAACCAGUUGUCGGAAGCUGUGCCUAUACAAGCAGUGCGACAUAUACCACUAAUCAACAGCAAAUGAAUGCAAGUCCAAGAAUUGUCAACAUCCUGCAAGAAAGAUCGUCAAUGGAUAUGGAUUUCGACCAGCAAAACAACCCAGCUCAAUACAGACAGGUCAUCAGGUGUCAACCGCCUGUAGAUACUCAAAUUCAGAAAGAAUAUGU